UUUUUUUUUUUUUUUUUUUCCCCUCCCUCUUCUUCCGCGACGGUGGUGAGAGCAUCCGAGUUGGUCGAGGGGGGGCGGCCGGUGGGAGGAGGCAGAGAGACCGCAGCUGCCACACCGCACUGCCUCUUUUGACAGGCGCGAGAGGAGCGAAGCAAGCUCGCCGCUCAUGUCUACGGAUCCGUGUGAAGGUCGGGACCCCGUCGGGGAGCAAGCAGACGUCCGGACCGGACCGCCGGACGUCACCCCCGUGGUGUCUGUCGCCGAAUAUUACGCCGGCAAGAACGUGCUCAUCACGGGGGCCACCGGCUUCAUGGGCAAAGUUCUGGUGGAGAAGCUGCUCCGGUGCUGCCCGGAGGUGCGGGCGCUCUUCCUGCUGGUGCGACCCAAAGCCGGCCAGUCCAUGCAGCAGCGGGUCGACGACAUGAUGAAGUGCAAGGUCUUCGACCGCGUGCGGGAGGACGACCCGGGCUUCCACCGGAAGAUCGUACCCGUCAGCAGCGAGCUGACGCAGCCGGGCCUCGCCAUCAGCCCCGAGGACGCCGACAAGCUGGCCGCCUGCGUCAACAUCGUCUUCCACUGCGCCGCCACCAUCCGCUUCGACGAGUCGCUCAAACACGCCGUGCAGCUCAACGUGAUCGCCACGCAGAAGCUCCUCGGCCUGGCCCAGCGCAUGCGCCACCUGGAAGCCUUCAUCCACAUCUCCACCGCCUAUGCAAACUGCAACCGCAAGCACAUCGACGAGGUCAUCUACCCGCCGCCCGUCGAGCCCCGCAAGCUCAUCGAGUCCCUCGAGUGGCUGGACGACAGCAUCGUGCAGGACAUCACGCCGCGCCUCAUCGGCGAUCGGCCCAACACGUACACGUACACCAAAGCGCUGGCCGAGUGCGUGGUGGAACAGAAGCAGGACAAGCUAAAUAUCGGCAUCAUCCGGCCGUCCAUCGUGGGGGCCAGCUGGCAGGAGCCCUUCCCGGGCUGGAUCGACAACUUCAACGGACCGAGCGGCGUCUUUAUUGCCGCCGGCAAAGGAAUCCUGCGCACCAUGUGGGCCAACAACGACGCCGUGGCCGACCUGAUCCCCGUGGACGUGGUCAUCAACCUCACGCUGGCAGCGGGCUGGUACACGGCCGUGCACAAACCUAAAACGGCUCUGGUGUACAACUGCACGACCGGCGGCAUCAACCCGUUCCACUGGGGCGAGAUAGAGCACCACGUGAUGUCGUCGUUCAAGAGGAACCCCCUGGAGCAGGCCUUCCGCCGGCCCAAAGUCAACAUCACGUCCAACUAUCUCAUCUACCAGUACUGGAUCCUGGUCAGCCACAAGUUCCCCGCCCUGCUCUACGACCUCGUCCUGCGCCUGUCCGGCCAGAAGCCGCAGAUGAUGCGCAUCUUCAAUCGGCUCCACAAGGCCAUUGGCCUGCUGGAGUACUUCAGCACCCAGGAUUGGGAGUGGAACUCGGAGAAUAUUAGCAUGCUGAUGGCGCAGCUGAGCCCGGAGGACCGCAAGACUUUCAACUUUGACGUGCGCCAGCUCAACUGGCCCGAGUACAUCGAGAACUACUGCAUCGGCACCAAGAAGUACGUUCUGAACGAGGACAUGUCCGACAUUCCCGCCGCCAGGCAGCACCUGAGGAAAUUGAGGAACAUCCGCUACACCUUCAACACGGUGCUGGUGGUCUUCAUCUGGAGGGUCUUCAUAGCUCGCUCGCAGAUGGCGCGCAACAUCUGGUACUUUGUGGUCAGCCUGUGUUUCAAGUUCCUGUCCUACUUCCGCGCGUCCAGCACCCUGACCAACUGACGCCGCUUCCUCGGCGGGACUCGUAGGGGACGACGCGGGUGCGCCAGCCAUGAGCGUCCACAAAACCCGUCCACCCACAAAGUGUCAUUGAUUCUUGUUUUCCUUCUCUUAAUAUAUGCAACAGUACGCCUUUUUCCUCGCCGCCGCCAUUCUGCAUACUUGCCUUCUGCUUCUGUUACUUGAAACUCGACGUCGAGUCGAGGAACUUUUCUUUUGUGGGACAUUCGAAUCUUGGUGGAUAUCUGCAGGUCUUCUAUAUCGCGUACCUACUGCCUUUUUGAAGAUGACAACACGGAAAAUUUGACUUUUUUUCAUCAUCCCCCAAAACCGAUCUGCCGUCUUUCCUGCUGUUUUGAGCAUGUGUCCACACCCCCUUUUUUCUCCUCUUUGUACUGACAAUGAGUUUACUACUUUUUCAUCUUUGUACACAAAGCUUAGCGCAGGGGACCUCAGCAGCGUAUUAUAUACAAAAGAAAGAGGGGUUCAUUUGGUGAGCCCAGCUUUUCCCAAGACAAACACACACAGAUUGUUACAAAGUCAGAUCUGCUUCCUUAAAGUAGGGAAAUAUUAGCGUUAAAAAGAAAUGAACAUAAUGUAUUGUGCUAAUACGUUUCACUAGUUCAAUAGGGAAAGGAUCAAGGGGAAAAGUCCGAUGUCUAAGAUUUGAGUCAUGUGGAAUGACAAGCUUGUGUUUGGUGUGAGAAAAGCAAAGGGGGAUGAGUAUUCGCCCCUGAGGGACACCAUUGUGAAUGAUUUUGUGUGAGAAAAUCGAAGAGGGACUCUUACAAGUCCCUGAAGAACAUCUUAAUUUUGAUUGCUUUUGUGGGAAAAUAGCAAAAUGGUCUAAAGCCACCGUCAAUUUCAAUGGUUUUGUGGUAGAAAAUCUAAGAUUUAAGUAUUCAUUGCUAAGGGACACCUUCAAAGAAUGCUUCUGUAUGAGUAAACAAAAGGGGCUAAGUACCAAUCCCUGAGUGACACCUUCAGACCCGUUUUUAAACUUAACUGACAAGGUUUAGUUUCAAAACUUGGACAGGACCUACCGCUGUUCUUUUGAGUUAUUCCUUUGUACGUGUUCUUAAUUUGAAAGAUGUGUAAAUAGUUAUUCUUAUAAACUACCAAAAAAUCAUUUGGGACGUGUUCUAAUCAUGUCUUACUAUACGCAAACAGUGUUGUUGACUCAACGCAUAACAGCGACGAGCCAUUAUGAGUAAGAGAAAGGAAGAGAAAAAGGGACAAAAGCAAAAAAUUAUGCAACAUCUAUUUCUGUGUUAUGAUGUGAGCGCCCUCUUCAUUUUCCAAAGAGGAUUAUGAGCCAAAAUGUCGUCGGAGGAGCGCAGAAGGCCAAACUACUGUUAACGACGACUGACUCGAAACAUGACCAAUGACUUCAUCGGACUCCAUCAAGAUGUCAUAUUCACCAGCGUCUGUUGUUACAUGCUUCAUUCAGUGUGAAAUAAACCAGACGAGAGUGCGCA